AUGUGCUGCUCUGACGGUCAAGAUGAGUGUUUUAUUGGUCAUAGCCGGUUCUACCUGUCACCCACUAAGUCAAGUUAUGUAACUGUGGCCAGAGGAAUUGGGCCUGGCUCCAGCCCUAAGAAUGCCAUUUCAGAGCAUCUCAACUGGAGCUCUCACCCUCAGGACCCGAGAUGUCCCAAAAGUGAAGCAAAGACGGGAGCUGGUGGGCCGGUGAACCUCUGCCCUGAGACCCUGAUUAGUCUGGAACAUAUCAGCAGGGUGAGCGAGAGGAGGGCAACGCAGAACCCACAGGGCUCAGCAGCUGCUGCACAGGCUGGGGGACAACGUUUCCCCAAGCGCCGUACAAAUAGGUGGACUUUGCACCAUGACCUGAAAGUCAACAGGUUUACGCAGUCCUGGAGAGAGAUAAGUGAAAUCCAAAGAGGAGGAACUAACGCUACCGACUUAAACACCAAGCAGUGGCGCAAGCAUCUUCCCCGAUGGGUCGGUUACAUAACUUCACUCGAAACACCAAUGGAAACACUGGAAUUCUCUGUUCCUAUAUUUAACUUCCACUUUGAAGCAUCUGGUAAUCUCAACCAGGUAGCUGCCCCACCUGCGCCCAAUCACCGUUUUCAUUCGGCUGGUCACGGAAAAGCAACCCCGCUUCCCCACCAAGAGACGCGCUCUGGCCAGGCAGGCGGCGCACCCUACGGGAUCAACAGCAUCCUCUACCAGCGGGGCAUCUACCCGCCCGAGACCUUCACCCGCGUCCAGAAGUACGGGCUCACCCUCCUGGUCACCACCGACCCCGAGCUGAAGAACUACCUCAACAACGUGGUGGAGCAGAUGAAAGAGUGGUUGUACAAGUGCAUUGUGCAACGGCUGGUGGUGGUAAUCUCAAGUAUCGAAAACAACGAGGUUCUUGAGAGGUGGCAGUUUGACAUAGAGUGUGAUAAAGCUGCAAAGGAUGAGAGUGUACCCCGAGAAAAAUCUCAGAAAGCUAUUCAGGAUGAAAUUCGAUCUGUUAUCAGACAAAUAACUGCUACAGUAACUUUCCUGCCUUUGUUGGAAACUGCCUGUGCCUUUGACUUGCUGAUUUACACAGAUAAAGACUUGGCAGUGCCAGAAAAGUGGGAAGAGUCAGGGCCACAGUUCAUAGCCAAUUCAGAAGAGGUUCGUCUUCGCUCCUUCACUACCACAAUCCACAAAGUGAAUAGUAUGGUAGCUUACAAGAAGGAUUCAUUUCCUUAAGAUGUACUUUUUGUCAUCGGUAUCCUGUCUUGUGGAGCUGCACUGUGAACAAACUAAGUAAUCAACAGAAUCCUGUUACUGUGGCUGAGACUAAGUGUAAUACAGAAAGAAGACAAAGCAUUCUUCUAUGAUUACAGAUACUGUGAUGUCACACUAGUCUAAACCGUCAUCCUUUUCAGGAGGUAUAUACAGGAUUUAACUAUCGUUAGAAACUACUUAUGCUUAACAGUCAAUGGUGUGUUAGGCUAUGCUGAAUCAGCUAGAGACGCUGCCUAAAGGCAGGAUCAGUUGCUGGAACUGUCUUAAGAGCUUAAGUUACAGGAUCUUAAGAUUAAAAUACAGAGUUCCAUUAGCACUCUUCAAGUCUCUCUUUUGGUAUUUAAAAACCCUGCUCUUAGCAUACCAGCUUUUCAUGGUAAAAGUCUAGGUUGUUGUUACUAUAAACAAUCCUAAAACUAAUCAACAGAAAAAUUCUAUGUAUAAAAGUUACUUGUACCUCCUAACCAUUGAAAGCAGCUGUUUAUCAGAAAAAUCAAAUGUGCAAAGUCAUGUAUAUUAAUGACUCUUCUCGACUAUGUAGUUUUUGAGGAUCUUGUUCCAGAUU